UAUAACAUUUAUUGAGCUAUGUUAUGUACAAAAUGUUUAUAAAAGAUUGAUAAGAAAUAUGACAGAAUCUGGAGAUGAAGGAGAAGUUGUUGUUCAUGACACAGAGGUGUCGAUUGAUGAAAUGUUGUCGCUAGCUUGUCGACAAGGAAAACAAGAUAUUGUGGAGCUGUUGCUGGAAAGUGGGGCCAGUGUGAAUCAUAGAAAUAGCACAGGGAACACGCCCUUGUUGGAAGCUUGUAGUCAAGGUCACGUGACCGUUGCUAAGCUGCUGCUGGACCGCGGAGCAGAGAUAGACGCUCCCACUGAUACAACGUACGACAGCGCCCUAACUUGGGCCUGUACCCUGGGUAAUGAAGAGAUUGUGAAGCUACUGCUCGAUUACCAAGCUGAUGUUGAGCAUCACACUAAAGAUGGCUGCACUGCGCUCAUGUUUGCUAGCCUCACUGGUCACAAAGCGGUUGCAAAAUUACUCCUCGACAAGAAAUCUCAAGUGAACGUUGAGUCGGAGUCUAACAAAGACUCACCCUUAACAUUUGCUUGCUGGAAAGGUCAUGAAGGGGUGGUUAAAUUGUUGCUAGCUAAUGGGGCAAAUGUUGAACACCGGACUAAAGAAGGGUUUACUCCUCUAAUGUUCGCUGCACUCGGUGGCCAUGUUGAUGUCGCAAAGUGCUUGCUGGUUGCCGGGGCGGAAGUCAACACCCCAUCGGGCAGUAAUAACGAUAUCCCUAUGACAAGUGCCUGUUGGAAGGGACACCACGAGGUCGUUAAGCUUCUGCUGAUUUACAAUUCUGACAUUGAACACAGGACGAAGGAUGGUUGCACCCCACUGAUGUUAGCAGCGCGUGAGGGUCACUACAAGGUCGCACACUGGCUGCUCAUGUCUGGUGCUAAAGUUAACGUCCCAUCUGGGAGUGAGAAUAAUAUACCUCUUACUUUGGCCUGUUGGAAAGGGCACUAUGACGUGGUAAAGUUGCUGCUUCAACACACCAGUAAUAUAGAACAUCACAACAAAGCAGGCUGCACACCUCUCAUGCUGGCCGCGCGAGAGGGACAUUACGAGGUGACACACCUGUUACUGGAGUAUAAUGCUGAGAUAGACACGCCCUCUGGUAGCAACGACGAUACUCCUCUCACCCUCUCGUGCUGGAAGGGACACACCAAGAUCGUAGAACUGUUGCUAACCCGAGGUGCGCACGUGGAUCACCAGACUAAAACAGGAUGUACUCCUCUGAUGGAGGCUACCAGAGAGGGCCAUUACGAGGUAACCAAACUGUUGCUGGAGAACGGAGCAGACGUUGAAAUGCCGGACAACUACGGACAAUCCCCCCUCUUUAUGGCGUGCUGGAAGGGACAUGCAGCUGUAGCGCAGCUACUACUGGAGUACAGAGCUAAUAUUGGGUGCAGAACUAAGACAGGAAUCACCCCUCUCUUUCAGGCAUGUCGUGAAAACCAUGUUGAUGUGGUUGCCUUGCUUCUAGAUAACGGCUGCAGUGUAAACGCUAACUUUCCUAACUCUCGGGAGAAUCCUCUUACUCUUGCUGCUGAGAAAGGUCAUGUGGAGCUAGCACAUUUGCUAUUGGAACAAGGUGCCAAUGUGGAGAACAGGACCAAGAAGGGUUACACUCCUUUCUUCUUGGCUUCCAAAGAGGGCCACCUUAGUAUCUGCAAGUUGCUGCUACAGUCUGGAGCAGAGAUAGAAAUGCAAGAUUUGAGGGGCACCACCCCGCUAGUAGCUUCCUUUCGUAACGGACAUGUUGAGGUAGUGGAGUGGCUGCUGACGAUAGUAAAGCACCUCCCCAGUGAUGCGGAGUGUCAGAAGUGUCUCAUGGGUCCUUGUCCUCAGAAUCUCGACCUCCUUCCUCACCGGACACGCUGUUUGGAGAAAAUAAUCAAGGCUAAGCGUGCUAAAGAGCUUGAUGCUGCUAGGAACGCUCAAAGACUCUGUGCCGAGAUAGCUGCUGAAGAAGAGACAAAACGCAAGGCUGCUGCGAAGAAGCGGGCGAAGAGGAAGAAGAAACGAGCUGCGAAAAAAUGUAAUGACGAUGAGGACAAAGUGAGCUGCUACCAGAAUCACGAGAGUGAGGAUGAGGAUCUGGUAUUUGACAACAAGUCUGACGCUAAUAACUCCUCCUCCUGCAAGAUAAACCAUCAGAGUCCCCCAACUACUAAAGGCACAAAGAGUUCUAGCGGCAACAAUAAUAAUACCACAAAUUCUUCUAAUGGUAACAACGCGAACAAGAAAGCUGAGAAGAAGAAACAAACAGUGGAGGAACUGGCGGAGAGCAUCACUGAGCUGAGUGUAUCCGAGACGAAGAAACAUGAACAGAAAACAGACAUCAAAACAUGCGAACAAAAUGGAAACAUUAGCAGCAGCAGCUCGGCUAGCAAUGAGAAUCCAGGCAGAGUGAAGCGAACCUCCAUAUCGAAGAACACGCCUCCAUUGUCGCCGUCGUCAAUAUCGCAGAUAACCUGCUCUAUAUCUACUGCUGGAAGCAGUAAGAUAGUUUACAGCAAACCCGCCACAACUAAAACAACUAAGACAUCGACCAGCAUAACAACCUCUACCAUUACCUCUACUCGUCUCCCUAAGAACACACCGCUUCUCAACAUUACUGACGCGGCCCAAAUCUCCAUGACGGUAUCCCCCGUCAAGCGAACUCCUAAACGAAACGAGAUAACGAGUCCCAGCAGCGAUACCUGUAUUGAUAACAACCGCGAUAAUUCCAGCCAAGGGUCUAUAGGUACGAGGGAGAGAAUCAUAGCCACAACAAUAUCAACAGCGUCUGCUUCCUCCACCACAGCAAUAUGUGCUACCACCGCUAGUGCUUCAACCCCCGCCACUAUUGGUGAAUGGCAGGAGGUUCCUAGAACUACCAACUCUAUGAGGAGCUGCUUUAUUGUUGUACCUAACACCCUUAUAGGGCGCGUUAUCGGUAAGGGAGGUCGACGAAUCAAUACAAUAACGGAUGUAUCUGGAGCUCAGAUAACUGUGAGCAAGGCGACCGGUAAAAAUUCAGAUCGUACUGUCACAAUCAGAGGACUACCUAAAUCAGUUACUAAAGCUCAAAACAUGAUCAGUGCUGCGCUACAAUCAAACGAUAUCGAGAGUUUCAUUGAGCAAGUAAAGCCAGCCCCACGCCCCCACUCAGCCCCCUCAUAUCCUCCUGAGGAUGAACCUCCUCCUAAAGAAAACAUCGUCACUACACCUAUCCCCUUCGCUGAAUCUGAAACUGAAUCGUCAAAACCAGCCGUUGCCUCCUUCGGUCCCAUUGGUUCCUCAAUUCACAAAGGGAGGUUGUACCGCUCUGUUGAGGAUAUCUCCGCUGCUACUGGACCCAUUAUUGUGGUUCCCACUACGAGUAGUGAGGCGACACCCUUCUCACCCUACUCCCUCUACCCAACCUGGCCUCCUACUGCAUUCGAAACAAACCGCGCACGCGAGAAUCAGGCGGUAGCGGAUGGUAAGAUGAGUUACGCGGAGGCGGUGGCAGAUAACAAGAACCUGAGUACAGAGCAUCCUCUUCUAGAGCAGGGGUGGUCCAGUGCGGACAGUGAGACAGACAGUUCCAGUGGAAACAAUGAGGAAACCGAACAUGUCACGCCAAAAGCUCGAGAGUUCACAAACCCAGGUCUCCCGGAUUACAUGUUUGCCCCCGACUUCUUCGCUCGCUCCACCUCACUUCUAACUAACAACUUCAGUCCCACCACCGCCAACAAUUUCACGGCUAGCACCGAGAACACGUCAUCUGACUCGCCAGCUCACGUGCCAGCUCACGUGCCAGCCCACGUACCCCCGACCAGCAUGAGCAGCUCAGUAAUGACGAGCAGCAGUCAGCAGCAGCGUGGUGCAUCAGCCCCCCAGCAGCAGCGUGGUGCCCCGCGCCAGUUUGUUCCUGGGUCUCAUCUACUAAUGAGCAACUCUCAGCCUCCCCCCACUGUCCCUAAUAUCGGGACUCAAACUAUUGGGGCUCCUACUUCGCUUGGUGCAAGCAGCUCGCUAGGCCCCGGUGCACCCAUCGGACCGGUCCCAAAUUUGGGGGCUGCAAACGCUAGCAUAGUGGGAGGGUCGGCUACAGGGUCGCACAAUACCCCGCUCAACUAUUAUUCUGAUCUACCAGGCUACAACUCUGGCCGUUCAAACAACAUGUACAACUCGCUGUUACACUCGGGGGCUGGUGGGGGAGCCUGGUCGCUCUACAAUGGCACUACGUGGUCACAGGACCUUGAAAAUGUGCCCUGCUACCAGUGGCCGCUUCCCACACUGCUUUUCAAGCUGGGACUCUCAGACUACAUACCGAGGCUAGAACAGCUGAAGAUCACGGUGCCGCAGCUAGCCCAACUUUCUGUCAGGGACCUCCAUUAUCUUGGCUUCACUGAAUCGGACGCCCAACGUCUCUCCUCGACUCUCCAAUCCACGCAACCGCACUAUUCCAACUUCUACCAAUCUGAGAUUCUGCAGUACCCUUAGAAUUAACACACGUUUUGUCAUCUCACGCGUGCGUGCCGUCACGCUGCUCAGCGACGUGGUGUGCACGACGCGCGCACGUAAGAGUUUGAGUAGAUUUUGGGAACUGAUGUAACAGGUAACUGAACAUCGCUAUCGAUAUUAUUUGAAACUGUAGAAAAAGGAGUUUGAAACUUUAUUUGAAAGUGUUUAUCUUACCGAAAGUUUAUCAUGAUAGUAUAUUAUAAGUGUACACUUUGCAACGAUGUAGCAGUAAGUGUGUUUUUGGGUACAAGAUUUGAAAUACUCUAAUAUUGUUUGCAUUAGUUGUGUAGCGAUGGCGCGUCAUACAUAUUCCUGUUUUAUCAUUUAGAAUGGACUUUUAUUUGCUUACAACUUAUUCUCGCCCACUUUUAUCAUAACAGGUUAUUAUUUGUCCCGUCAACCAGGCCAGGCUACUAGGCCAGGGUGCUGGAAUAUUUUUAAUUCAUUCCACUUUAUUUUACUAAACCGAAAACUUUGCUAAACCGAAAACUUUACUUUAAAUCACUCUUCCGUGUUCCAUUUAAAAAAAUGAUUUAUGGGUAUUGUUAACGGGUGAUACUCUUAAAAUAUCUGUCCAUUACUAUUAUUAAGGGGGCAUACUAUAUAUACUACUAUAUACUACUAUAUACACCAAACAUGUCCAACCCAGAUGACCUCUUGGGAAGUUAAGUGACCAUCUAGCGC